AUGUCCGAGAAAGCUAUACGGAGAAAAUUGGUGAUUAUCGGUGAUGGUGCGUGCGGUAAAACAUCGUUACUUUAUGUGUUUACGCUGGGGAAAUUCCCUGAACAAUACCAUCCUACAGUGUUUGAGAACUAUGUAACAGAUUGUCGCGUUGAUGGGAUAAAAGUAUCUCUGGCAUUGUGGGAUACAGCAGGACAAGAAGAAUACGAAAGAUUAAGACCAUUUUCUUAUUCAGGGGCAGAUGUAAUACUGAUUGCUUUUUCUGUGGACAAUGUUGAAUCUCUACAUAAUGCCAGGACAAAAUGGGCCGAAGAAGCGUUCAGGUACUGUCCAGAUGCACCUGUGAUACUUGUAGGGCUAAAGGAAGAUUUGAGGAAAUCAAAACAAGAAGGCAUAGUUUUCGUAAAUAGAGAAGAUGCAGAACAAGUAGCGAAGGCCAUUGGGGCUAAAAAGUAUUUGGAAUGCAGUGCGUUGACUGGUGAAGGUGUCGAUGAUGUUUUUGAGUUGGCCACAAGAUCAAGCUUGCUAAUGCACAAAGAACCGGACCAUUUUUGUUGUUCGAUAUCUUAG